ACACGGGCGAGUACGGCGCAUUAUAGUGGGCCAUGAAGCCCUCAAGCUUCUGGGUCGUGUCGGCAGCGGCGCUCAUGGUGGUGGGUGAAGCUCAAGCGGCCGAUAUACUCUACAGGAUGGACUUCGUCAACGGCACCUGCGAUACAAACCUCGGGGUGAUCCAAGACGGACAUUCAUUCUAUGACGAUAUUGCGUGUGUACGCUACAUCUGUGCUGCCAGCGUAAGGUCAAUUACGUUCAUCGAGUGUCCCAAAUUUGUCGUCGACUUGAGCGACGGUGCCUGCCGCAUCGCUUCAGGAAAGCUCGGACGCUAUCCCGAAUGCUGCGACCAUCCGGAAUGUGGUUUCCACGCGCAUUUGUCCGAACGCGUUCACCCAACGCCUCCGAGAGUGAAAGAAUCUCACACGGGUGACGUGAAGUCUGGGACACAGAAGCGUCUCAAGCGCCCGCAUAGAAUAGUCAAAAAACAAAAUCCUGGAAAAUGA